CACACACACACAAACAACCUCAUUUCUCUCACUAUCAAAAGUCAGCGCCUUCUUUUGUCUCUAUAUUUCCUCUCUAUAUCUAAUCUACACAUGGAUGCCGAUUGGGACCUUCAUGCGGUGGUCAGAGGCUGUUGUUCCGCCGUCUCCACCUCCACCUCCACCACCACCACCACCACCAAAAGCCAACAAAAGUCAACUUCUUAUGAAGAAAACAAUUAUACAAGUUUUUUCCCAGAUCUAUAUCAUCAUCAACCAAAAACAAAUGAUAACAAUAGCAUUGAACAAUUGUUGAAAGAUUUGUAUAACCCCCUUAACUUUCCAAAUUUACAAAAACCACCCCCUUCUCCUCAAAGUUUCCCUAUCUCACCCCUUUCUGUUCUUGGUGGAUUACAGGAUCUUUCAUAUAAUCAUCAUCAGCAACAAGAGAAACAGUUUCAAGGAAAGCAAGAGUCUUUUGGCAUAUCUAAAUGUACAAAUCUUCAUGCACAAAGUACAACAAAGUUCAAGAAAAGGAAAAAUCAAAUUAAAAAUGUAUGCCAAGUGCCAGCUGAAGGACAAUCUUCUGAUUUAUGGUCCUGGAGAAAAUAUGGUCAAAAACCCAUUAAAGGAUCUCCAUACCCAAGGGGAUAUUACAAAUGUAGCACAUCAAAAGGUUGUUUAGCCCGAAAACAAGUGGAGCGAAACAGAUCCGACCCGGGUAUGUUAAUCAUUACAUACACCGGCGAACACAACCACCCAAUUCCGUCGCAACGGAACUCUUUAUCCGGCACCUCACGGAACAAAACCACCACCUCCGGCGACGACCCAACCCCUUCAUCACCCAUUUCUCCGGCAACCGCCUUAUCUCCGGCACUGGAAAAAAUACAAGAAAAUGAAAAAGAUAGUUACACCGACGACGAUGAUAUCAACUUUGAUAUCUCCGGCGAUUUUUUUGAUAGUUUGGAUGAGCUGGUGGGUUCAGCUGCCGGAGAUUGAUUUCCGGCGAUAGUUGACUUUUUGAAACAUUUGACCUUUUUUUUAGUGAUGUCAUGUUUAUGAGAUUAUACGCGUUUUGUUUC